CUCCGUCGUUCAUCGUUACUUCCGUUGUUACGUAUGCCUACUUCCGGUUUAGAUUAUUUGCUCCACGCUCCCGAAACUGUGAAUUUUUAACACGAAAGGCACUCCUAAGAGCAGGACCCAGUUAAACAACAACGAUCAUGUUUAAACUGGAAGGACUCGGGCCUAAAAUGGACCCAGAAGAGAUGAAGAAGAAAAUGCGACAAGAUGUCAUCUCAUCUUUACGAAACUUUCUUAUUUACGUCGCCCUUCUCAGAGCCACCCCAUAUGUGUUGAAGAAGCUGGACAGCAUAUGAACAGAGCAGCAUGUCUCUUCUUCUGCCAUCCACUGACCGUUUACUCCAUCAGACAGUAUGGACCGUCACAGCAGACACCUGGGGCCAUUACAGCACAUCUGUUGGAGAAGAGCCGUGUCUGUCCAUCACUGCACCUGAGGAAACACCUUGUCCUCAUUUCUUGUUGUAAACUUUAGUCUGCCUUUCAAGUUAAAUAUAUUGUGAUAAUUGUUAAAUGUAACGUUUGAUAGUGUGUAUGCAUGCCGUGUACACACAUUAAAGGGAAACCAUGUUUGUGUUGUUUUUACAUAGCAGAUCUGCUCAGUCUUGUACACAUGGAAUGAAUAGUCUCAAACUGCAUUACAAAUGUACACAGCAAGUGUUAAAUCUGGAAUCACUGGAAAUAAAAAAAAAAUGGAGAACAAGAAAGCAUCUUGAAAUGUCACUGUCUUUACUGUCUUCACUGUCUUUAAACCUAAUAACUGACAUCUGCAGCAGCAACAACAACUUGAUACUAAAGCUGUCUGUUUCAACUUUAUAACAGACCUUUAAAUUGAUUGUUUUCAACCUGUGUCUUGAUGCCACAGUGCUCAAAGACACUGAUUUUUUUUUUUAUUUGCCUUCAAUUGUCUUCUAUUAUUCCUCUAAAAUCUUUUUAGAGGAAUAAUAGUUUGCAGCUUUUCUUUGUCAUUUGCUCCAAUGAUGGUUGCUUACGGUCUUGGGUUGUUCUAAGCACCUACAUCUUUGUAUUGCAUUUAAGGACCCAUCAAUUGGCAAGCUAUCCGCUCAGAAUGGGACUCUUAAUUAGUAAAAGCACACCUUUUUAAAAGCAGGUACAGUCUAAAAUGGCAUCUGCUACUGAUGCCUAAUUAGAGCAAUAAAGCACAAGACCAUUGCCAAGGAAAAAUAUAUCAAACUAUUGUUUUUAUUUUUAGACAAUAUUUGUCUAGUUGAUAUUUAACAUGAACGAUAACAUACAAUGAAUGCAUUUGGUAAUAGUAAGUGCACAGUAACCAUUACAAGAUUAUUUAAUGAAAUGUAACAAACUAUGAAUCAAAAUUAAAAUCUAAAUUAAACGUAGAUGCAUUUCCAUAAGAUCACCACCUGGCGGCGGGGUUGUUUUAUACUGAGGGUUGAUGAGACAACAAAUGAUGGAGGCGUCGACAGUGGGGGCUAAACCAAACCGGGUUGGCUGUGCGAGCGCUCUCAAUCAGUAGCAUUCAUAAUAACCAUGAAAAAAACUACAAUUCUGGUUAUUAUAUUUAAGUCAGUAGGAGAAGAACCGUUGUGCAGAAUCAGAUAUCCGGCUGUUCUCGGAGACAAAGCUGGAAACCGCGUCGCAUCCUUCCGUGUUAUUGUUGGACCGGGCCCGCCCAUACUCCAGAGCAUCAGUAGGAAACCUGUUACCCGGUUAUACAAAACAGACAAUACACUACACAUCACACCGGAGGUAAGCUUCUGUGAAAUGCUAGGGUCCAGCCAGGCUGAUGUGGAUAACGAGGAGACAGCGCUUAAUUGUGCUAUUGAAUUGCCAGUAGCGCCACGGAUGCUACAAAAUAACCAACUGUAAUAAAUACCAACAAAUCCCACCGUCUAUUAUGGACUUUCCAGGUCAUUUCCAGCAUAUUUUCAAGCAGCUCAACCACCAGCGCCUCCAUGCUCAGCUGUGUGACUGUUUGGUGGUGGUUGGAGGCCAGAGCUUCCAGGCUCACCGUUCCAUCCUGGCAGCAUGCAGCUCCCACUUCAGGGCUCUGCUGAGCUCCAAUGACAGCGGUGAGGAGGUUGGAGGACCGGGAGCAGACAUAGGUGGAGGUGGGGGCCCCAGUGUGAUUGAGCUAGAUCCAGAGGUGGUGACGCCAGAGGCCUUCUCAACCUUGCUGGACAUGAUUUACACCUCCACCCUCUCACCAGGGGCCUCCAAUGUGAUGGAUGUGCUGUUGGCGGCAUCACACCUGCACCUUAACACUGUUGUUAAGGCCUGCAAGCUCCACCUGUCCAGAAAAAACUUUCCUGCCUCGCCCCCGAAAGGCUGGAGGUCAGUGCAACAGCAGCAACAGGGUCAAUCGUCUGGGGCAGAGAGGCCGGCCUUGCUUCAACAGGUCACAUCUGUCAUGGAGGAGGACAUCGAUGAGGAAGACGUGGUAGUGGAGGUUAGUCAGUCUGGUGGGGUUGAAGAGCAGGGGGUGAGGAGGAGGGAAGUCAGUGGAGAGCAGGAUGCUGCACAAUUUUUGAGGCACAAGAGGAAGUCACACGAGGACAGGCUCAGUGGCAGAAAGAGGCCCUGCAGGCUGCCUGAGGGAAACUAUAAGGAGUGUUCAUCUACUGUAGCCAGAAGCACCGUCAGUACAGAGGAGGGUGGAGAGGAGCUGCUGUCCCCGGACUGCCUGAAGACGACCGACGGACUCUGGGAGAGCCGAGGCGAGGACGAGGUGGAAAAGAAAUACGAAGCAACCAAGGGAGAUUCAGAAGAGAUCCAGCUGCCGAGCCAAUCAGACAGCAGCGCAGGUGUAGGUGCGUGGGAGAAGGGCGGAGAUCCAGAUGAAGACACUGUGGUCAAAGUAAAGGUGGGAGAAGAAGGGGAGGAAGAGGGAGAGGAGCCAAAGAUGGCAAUGAUUGAGGUGAAAAAGGAAAAUCUGAGCUCAUACUCCCCAGAUUUACCAAACAAUUCUCUAUCUCCACCACAAGACUGCACAGACAAUUUGGAUGCACAACUAAAUGAGGAGAAAAUGACCACAGCCUGCCCAACAGAGGGUGAUGUUAGCUCUUUGCAAUCUCAGCUGUGCACAGAUCUACAAACUGAUGCACAGAGAGAAGCUGGAGAUUUAGGUGAAGAGUCAGUAGACUGCGAAGGCCUUGACAGCCUGUCAGAGCUUGCUUUUUCCUGCUUCCUCAAUCCCAGUAGUGAGAGUGUAAUGGGAGCUUUGGAGGAAGAAGACAGCCUAGCUAGCCUCACUGCUGCUGCUACUGCUGCUGCCGCUGCUGCCAGUGAUGCUCCUGCAGCUGCUGGAGAUACUGGCCAACUGUAUCAAAACUCAGGAGAAGCCUCUUCUGCUCACUCCUCUGAUUCCUCACUAGUUUUUCCAGUAACAUCUGUCCCCUUGCAGCAGCUUCUCCCAACUCAGGGCCCUGGUUUCAGUGACACACUCAUUCUCCAGCCCACCCAGAACUCUUUAGCAGGGUUCCUGAGUGGCAUCAGACCAGGCCUCGGUCUGGAAACCUCCCUCAUCCAACCCUCCAGGGCCGGGAAAAGUUCAGGGGCGACAACCUUCCGUCGCAUCGCCCCCAAAGUGCCGCCUGGAUCAAAUCAGUCCUCUUCUUCAUCGGCGGGGGAUGCUGCUGAACGGCCAUCUCUAACCAGAGCUUCAGAGGAUGUUAUGUCCAAGUGCAAGAAAGCAGCUGCUGAAGACCAUGUGCUGUUGGUGGAAGGGGAGAAGAAAUACGCCUGCAAAAUCUGCUGUAAGACCUUCAUGAACCUGACUGACUGUAAGAAACAUAUUCGUGUCCACACAGGAGAAAAGCCCUAUCCCUGUCCAAAGUGUGGCAAACGCUUCAGCCAGUCCUCCCAUCUGUAUAAGCACUCGAAAAACACCUGCCUACACUGGAAAGACGAUCAAUUAUUCCCAGAUACCCUGCUGUGACCUCCAUUUACUUGAAAGGCGUUUGUUGAUUCGCACAAUUCUUUGAAAAAAUGCACUCUGUAAACUUGAUUAUUUAUUAGCCCAUACACUUCCUGAAUCAAUUUUUGACUUUGUUAUUCAAAGUCAAUAAGCUCAAGUAAUUCUUAUGCUUUUUAAUGUUCUCAACCAUGUUGUGAUUUUAAGAAAUUCAUGAAAUGAAACGGAUCAAAUUUAGCCAAACUGAUGUGAAUGCACUGAAAAUAUUCUCUUGUUUUUUUGACUGCUGUGUAAGAGUGAUACGAAUAAAUUAUGCUUACUAGUUUUUAUUGA